AUGGCGACAAAUUUCUUGCCUAUUCCGAGCAAACAGGCAACGCCACUGCCGGAGCUCAGCCAGCAUCUGCUCGACUACAUCUCGUCGCACUUCCGCGAUGCCCACCCCGAGGCGUUCAAGCGGGAUGUCGGCUCGCUCGUCGGUAUGCGCAAGGAGUGGGUCGAGCCGAAGAGUGAGGCCCAUCCCGAGGUCGCACGGGGUCUCAUGAAGUACCACGCCCAGCUCGCCUUUGCUGCGACGAAGUUUCCCUCCGAUAUCGGGCAGCAGUUCACUUACUCGCUCCCCUUCCCUCCGCCUUACAGCCUGACGCCGGACGCACCAAUCUCGCUUCCGUCGCUGACGUACGAGAGGGCGGGCGUGCUCUUCAACGCCGCCGCCAUCUAUGCCUCGCUCGCGGCGUUUGAGCGCCGCGCAGAGGCGGAGAGCAUCAAGCGGGCUCUUGGGUAUCUCACUGUGUCGGACUACUACAAGUCUGCUCUGGCUGCCGCCAACGGUCUCGACUUCCCGUGUGCAUCCUACCUUCCGCAAUGUCACUUCGAGGCUGCGGCGCAGUACCGCCUCAGUCGAGACGACAACGAGAAGGCAAAGUAUGGCGAGGAGAUUGGUCGUCUGCGUGUGGCGGAGACGCUGGCGAAGAAGGGUCUGGAUGCCGGCCGGAAGGGUGUCAGUGACAACGUCAUGUCGGACCUGAAGCAGCUCCAGGGUGUCGUCAAGUCGACGCUCGAGAGCGCCGACCGCGACAACCUCAUGAUCUACUGCCAGGCUGUGCCCACUCCCGCGCAGCUCCCGCCCAUCAACGGCGUCGGCAUGGUCAAGCUCCAGACUCCCACUGAGGUGGCUGAGCCCAUCGCCUGGCUCAUGAGCGGUGGAUCGGGUUCGGCGCCACUCUUCUCGGGACUCGUACCGUAUGGCGUCCACCUUGCGUUGAGUAUCUACGACGACCGCAAGGACACGCUUAUCCGCGACAUGGACGGCAAGCGCGAGGAGCUUGAUGGUAUCGCUGCGAGCACACUCCAGUCUCUCAACCUGCCCGGCUCGCUGCAGGCUCUGGAACGCCCCGUUGGCCUUCCUCCGUCCCUCCUCAAGAAGGCGGAGGAAGUUGACGCCGCCGGUGGUGCUGACAAGAUCCGCAGUCUCCUCAUGGACGUCAACAGGCUGUCCAAGUCGAACGCCAAGAUCCUAUCCGAGGAGGCGCACGAGACCGAGCAGCUUGUCGAGCGCCAGCCCCAUGUUGCGGAGACUCGACCCCCCUCGCAUGUUGCCAAUGCGAGCCUGAUCCAGAUGGCGGGCCAAUAUGAUGGCACCCUGAAGCAGGCCGCGCAGAGUGAUGCCACUGACAUCAUCUCUGACCACGUGCCUUCGACUACCUCGUCGGGUGCCGGAUUCUCUGCACUCCCCGCGUCCGUUAGGCCGCUGCGAGCCUCGCUCGAGGACCUGGACGACCACAUCGCCCACCGCGCUGCGCUUGUCUCUGAAGCCCGGCAAAUCGCUGAGCACGACGAUGUCCGGCCGCAGGUUCUGCAGGAGGCUUCCAAACUUGCUCAUGGAGGCUCGGGCGACGUUAAGCCCGAGUGGUUCGAGGGCAUUUUCGAGGAGUCCCUUUCUAGGUAUGACAAACUCCGUGACUCCAUGUCGGACGAAACAUCAACGCAGGAGCAGCUGCUGGAGCAGAUCCGGCAGCAGAACAACGCCUUCCUUUCGGAGCGCAAGGAGGACCCGCGCGUCAAGGAGCGCGAGCGACGACUCCAGGACAUGGAUGUCGCGUACUGGAAGUGGCGCGAGAUUGUCGACAAUGCCGAGGAGGGCAUCAAGUUCUACAACUCGCUCGCCGACAUGCUGCACGGGUUCAAGGAGGCGUGCUCUCAGUUCCUCAACGCCCGCAGGGUGGAUGUUGGCCACUCGCCCGUUGCCGCCAAGGCACCGCUGUCACCGCCUCCGCAGUCACCGGCGCCGUCAUCCUUCGCUCCUACCCCUGUCCCUGCCCCGGUUCCUGCGCGUGAGCCGGCGCCAUUCCUUGCGCAUCCCAGCAGUGCUCAGUGGACUUCUGCCGACCUCUUGCCGCCGCCACCUCCACCGGCAAUCCGGUCCGGUGGCGUGAGGCAGGCCCCUGCAUCUGCGCCAGCGCCGGACACACCCCGACGAGUGACGCGGAGCCAGAAGGGUCCGAUCGGCGACCCGGACGUCAACCCGUACAAGAAGGGCUCGAGGAAGGGUGGCGAGGGUGUCAUUUAG